AACAUAGCGUAGCUUUUACAACCUCCCUCAGUCCACACACUCACACCACACAACUCUCCUUGCUGUAUUUAUUCAUUCUCAACUCUCACUCUCUCUCUCUCUGUCCCUUUCCCUCCAAACAAAGCAAAAGAGAGGAGAAUUUAUGUGACUUUCUCUCUCUCUCUCUCUCACUCUGUUCCCCAUUUUACUUGUGAAGCUUCUUCAAUGUCGAAUUUCUUAGUGUCCAAUCCAAAUCCAAACAAUUCAUUCGAGGUGGGUCAACCUCCGAAUGACUCUGUCUCAAGCCUCAGUUUUAGUCCCAAAGCCAACUUCCUCGUCGCCACCUCUUGGGACAGCCAGGUUCGAUGUUGGGAGAUAACCCGUGGUGGGACAAGUCUUGCCAGCAUGCCCAGGGCAUCGAUAUUGCAUGACCAGCCGGUUUUGUGCUCGACAUGGAAAGAUGAUGGAACAACUGUUUUCUCUGGUGGCUGUGACAAGCAAGUCAAGAUGUGGCCGUUAAUAUCUGGUGGCCAACCAGUGACGGUGGCUAUGCAUGAUGCGCCCAUCAAAGAGGUUGCGUGGGUUCCUGAGAUGAACCUCUUAGUCACAGGAAGUUGGGACAAGACUUUGAAGUACUGGGAUACAAGGCAGUCAAAUCCAGUUCAUACCCAACAACUGCCCGAUCGCUGCUAUGCAUUAACAGUGAGGCAUCCUUUGAUGGUUGUUGGCACUGCAGAUAGAAAUCUUGUAGUUUUUAACUUGCAGAACCCUCAGACUGAGUUUAAGAGAAUCCCUUCACCCCUGAAGCAUCAGACGAGGUGUGUUGCUGCUUUCCCUGAUCAGCAGGGAUUCUUGGUUGGCUCAAUAGAAGGAAGGGUAGGUGUGCAUCAUCUGGAUGAUGCACAGCAAGGUAAAAACUUUACUUUCAAAUGCCACAGAGAGGGAAAUGAGAUAUAUGCAGUCAACUCUUUGAACUUCCAUCCUGUGCAUCACACAUUUGCUACAGCUGGAUCUGAUGGUGCCUUUAAUUUUUGGGACAAGGACAGUAAACAGAGACUAAAGGCCAUGCUCAGGUGCAGUCAGCCUAUAGCAUGCAGUACGUUCAACAAUGAUGGUUCCAUUUAUGCGUAUUCGGUCUGCUAUGACUGGAGCAAGGGUGCUGAAAAUCAUAAUCCUGCCACAGCAAAGACCCAUAUUUUCCUACAUCUACCACAGGAAUCGGAGGUUAAAGGCAAACCGCGAAUGGGAACUAAUAGCAGAAAGUGAGGCUGGUUCGUGGUAGCCAUAAGACGCUUGGAUGAAUAUUUGUGUGUAUAUGGAGGGCAUUUGCCUCUGUAGUUUCUGACAUAUGAAUAGGCAAGGCUCUUGUUUGUAUAGAAGUCUAGGUAGAAUCCCUAUUGUGGUUUAUUGAAUGAACUUAUAGUCCCCAUUAGGUGAAUUUUUUUUUUAUAGGUAAACAUUUCGGGUAAUAUGUUCAUGAAUAUUUAGGGUUAUUCUACGGUACACUUUUUUUUCCCUUCACUUUUGUAUAUAUCAUACCUACCUAAUCAUGACCGUCAACUAUUAUAUAAAAGUCAGUAACCUAUGUUAGUGGUUAAGAUUAGGUAUGUAUGGCACGUAAAAAAAGUGUACCGUAGAACUCUGAUUAUUUAAUAUCAAUUAUGUGUAUAUAUAGGAUUAAAUUCAAGUUA